GUCUUAAAACAAGAAAAGACUUUGCAACACGUGUGAGUUCCAGACGUGUCAUUUUGCAACAGGGCGUCAAAACGGCUCAAAGACAACGCGGGACCAUGCGUAGUGGCGUGAGAAUUUCAUGGUCAGUUCGUAAAUGGUGACGAUGGCGAUGGUAUGGCUUUUGGUGGCGAUGGCGCUGACCCACGGCGCGGAGGGUCAGGCCGCACGGGACAUCGGAACCUGUAAACUCAUUUCCCACCUUCGACAAUAAUCCUACAUUGGGCUGGUCGUUCGAUCCUCAACUCACUGGCGCUGACAUAGUUGGCUGGCCCUUGGAAUAUGGGGCAGAUGGUGGGGUCUGGCCGGUAAAUAUCGCACCGGCAGCAGGGGAACCAACCUAUUUUGCUCCGGCAGAUGUUGGACUAGCAAGUUUGAGACAGGGGAACGCGAAGCCAAGUGAUUUUAAACCGGAUGUUAGUGGGAAGCUUAAAGUCGAGCCAAGUGGAAAUAGACACAAGUGUACUGGAGCCCAUGUUAAACCGGCGCAUGCAGAACCAGCAGAUUCAAAGCCAGCGAAGGACUCAGCACUCAAGGGAUCGCCCGCAAGUGGUUCUCUCCCAGACACUAAACAUAUCAAACUCCAGGACGAAGAAAAACCUAAGGUGCGAACUUCUUCUACCUGUGAAGAUAACAGCCUGAUUGACAUCCCGAAAGAUCUCAUCACCAAAAAGACGCUCAUGCUCCUGACCCCCAAGGAGGAUCAAGAAAAGUCCUUUUCUCAGAAGAGCCUCUGCACAGACAGUCCUCCUCGCAACUGCUUCACCAAGAUGGACCCCUCGUGCUCCGCAGCCUCGCACAAGUACCGUAGUUUCGAUGGCUCUUGCAACAAUCUCCUGCUGCCUUCGAGAGGGAAAAGUGGCACUAACUACCGCAGGUUCCUUCGGCCGGAGUACGAGGACGGCAACAGUACCAUGCGCGGAGGAGGAUCUCAAGAAGGACGUCUUCCCUCUCCUCGUCGAGUGAGCUCCUUCCUCCAGGCUGUAGGACCCGGGGCGCACGGCGGCUCACCCUCGCCCUCGCUUUCCAUGCUCGUCUCCGCGUGGACUCAACUCAUCGCGGAGGACAUGAGUCUCACGCCCGACUCGCAGUCUGGAGGGCCGUGUUGCUUGGACCAGAUGAAGCCCCCUCCCCCUGCAAGCCCCGAGGACGACUGUCAGCCUAUAGACGUCAGCGACGACCCUCUUUUUCGUUACGUCAACAAGACUUGUUUACCUUUCGUGCGCUCGCAGGCCAGUCAGCUGACGUGUUCGACAGGCCAUCGAGAGCAAACCAACGCUGCAACACACUACCUCGAUGCUUCGGGAAUCUAUGGUUCCUCUAACGUCGAAGCCCAGGAGAGAAGGACCUUCCGUGGAGGAGAAGUCCUGGUGGGGAAGCGUCAAGUAGAAGAAUUAACGAAGUCUAGAGGAAAUUCCUCAAUCCUUGUGACUCCAGCACUCGGGGCAAUGCAUCAGCUUUGGUUAAGGAUCCAUAAUAAUCUGGCAAGACAACUGUCUGUCCUCAACCCGCACUGGGAGGACGACACCCUUUUCCAGGAAGCGAGGCGCCUGGUUGUGGCAAUGAUCCAACACGUGACUUAUGGAGAGUACCUGCCCCUGGUGUUGGGUCAAUACGCGCAGGAGUUACAGCUUUAUCCCAUGAACUCGGGUUACUACGGCAGUUAUUCGCCCGAGAUCGACGCCACUGUUGCUAACGCCUUCGGAGCCGCGGCUUUCAGGUUCGUCCACUCCAUGAUCACGGAAUCCUUCAAAGUUGGGCCGAUCAGCUACAUGAACCUGAUCGAAUACUUUACAAGGGGCAGAUCCUCCGAGGAGCGCGCAUCGUCCUCAUUCCUCAAGGGCCUGACAGAGUCCCCGGCAGACCCUGUCGACCACUACUUCACCCCGACGCUUCACAACAGCUUCGGAGCUUCACCCGGACACCCCGUUGGGUCCGACCUCUACGCGCUCGAUGUUCAGCGAGGGCGUGAUCACGGGCUGCAAGGGUACACCUCGUGGCGCCGGGCGUGUGGGCUGCCAGCGGUCACCGACUUCUCCCAGCUGAGCCAAGUGAUGCCGCGCCGCCUCGCUCUCGUGUUCCAGCUGCUCUACAGGAAAGUGGAGGACAUCGACCUGUACCCCGCAGGCCUGGCGGAGUACAGGCUGCCCCGAGGUCUUGUGGGGCCGACCUUCGCCUGCGUCAUCGGCGGGCAGUUCCUCUACACGCGGGGCGGUGACAGGUUUUGGUACGAGAGUGAUGUGUUGGUCCUGCCCUUCGAUCAGGCUCAACUUACGUCAUUCGUCGCCUGAGUUUGGCAUCCAUCCUGUGCCAAUUCGCCGGCUUCCAAGACGUACAAAUUAACCCUUUCCUUCUGCAAGACAGUUUCAGAAACCCCGAAGCGUCGUGCUCCGACCACCCACGCCUGAACCUCGAAGCCUGGAGGGAAGCAAGGCCGCUCCCAUUCCACCCCCAGCCUCUGCCCUUGCCUUCUUCCCAGCACGAGUAUCUUCGCCCAUUCCUUGCGCCUCCUUUCUCCUCCUCCUCCUCCUCCUCUUCCUUGUCUCACCCAUUACUUACGUCUCCCUUUUCCUUCUCCUCCUCCUUCCUCUGCUCCUGCUCCUCCUCCCCCUUGUCUUGCCCAUUCCUUAC